AUGGCCGCACCGUCUGGCAGCGGUGGCAGCGGGGCUGGGGGGGGGGGGGGGGGGGCGCUCUCGCCCAAGUCCGCCAGGGCACGUCUCGAGGAACAAUUGGGGAAACUUGACAUCUCAGAGGAGGAGGCGACACCGCUGGUUCUUGAUGAUCGAGUUGAGGGCGCUGCGGAGAAGUGGUUGAUCGCGGGCAAGGUAUUGCAUCGCAACAUACUGCACAUCCAGACGAUCUCCAACGCGCUACGCCCUGCAUGGGGAAACCCUAAGGGACUGUCUUUCCGCAUCGGUGGGGAAAACAUGUUUGUAGCGGAGUUUGCUACAAAGCGAGACCGGGAUCGCGUGUGGGAAGGAAGCCCAUGGCACAUCAGCAAGCAUGCAGUCAUCCUGUCUGAGUUCGACGAUUGCAUGAGACCGUCGGAGCUCAGUUUUGAUAAACUUCAGGUCUGGGCUAGGGUUGUGAACCUCCCGUUUAAUCUUCGGGAUGAGGCGUGGAGUAGAGCGAUUGCUAAGCAACUGGACAAGAACGCAACUGAUAUUCACUUUGAUCAUGGUGGAGGCUACCUGCGCGCUCGCAUUACACUGGAUGCAGCGAAGCCAUUGAGAAGGUGGAUCUUGAUUGAAUCUGCAAGGAGGGGGCAGACUGAUCCGUAUGACAUACAAUAUGAAAACAUACCCCACUUUUGUUUCUCAUGUGGACGAUUGGGACACUCCGACUUGCUCUGUCCAACACCUGGCACGAGAGAUGAACAUGGUGAUCUGCCUUUUGGAAAGGGGCUUAGACCGGGGGAAGAGAAGAGGAGACCUGCUGCGUCCGAGAGCUCAUCAUCAAGUAGCCAGCAAGCACGUAACAGUAAGCAGGACACAAAGAAAUCUAGUACGACUAUGAUGGAGGAAACGAGGUGA